AUGCGUUUCAACGUCUUCAAAUCCUUAAUUAUUAUUUCAACUUUUUUUCAUUUGACAAAAGCACUCAAAACUUUACCAUCGGAAUUUAUUGGAAAAUUCGAACUUGACAAGACGAAAGACGAAAAUUUCGACGAAUAUUUGCAAGCUCGAGGUUAUAACUCGUCUAUGCGAGAACUUAUUAAAUCAGUUACUGUUACGAAAACAUUUUCCAAGAGCGCAACCAGUGGAAGAUAUAAUUUGGAUACUUUAACUUCCAUAAAAAACUCGCAUCACAAAAAUUGGGCCCUCGGUGAACAAUUUCAAAAUGAAGUAUUGGAUAGUACGCAACACCUUAUAACCUUUAAUAUAAUCAGUGAUCCGAAAAGAGGUAAAGUUCUCACCGAAAAGCAUAUUAAAGUUGCAGAUAAAAGUGAUGUCGAAACUUAUGAAUAUUCACGUCAAGGUGAUUAUCUCAUCAUGAAUGUUUAA